CCCCAGCUGGAGAAAGUUUGCUGCUUUUAAGGCCUCACGUGGUGAGAUUGGGCCCACCCAGGUCACCUGGGAGAACCUCCUCCUCUGAAACUCUGUAACAACAGCUGUGAAGUCCCUUUUGCCAUUUAACGUUUUCAAAGGUUGCAGGCAUUAGGGUGUUGACACCGUUGGGGAGCCAUUCUGCUUACCACAGUCUCUAAGAACAGAGAGAAACUCGUCCACGGCUGGAGAUGUCUGCCGAGAGGUUAAUGUCUAACAGAACGUCUCAGCAGUCUGCAUCUAAUUCUGAUUACACCUGGGAAUAUGAGUAUUAUGAGAUUGGACCAGUUUCCUUUGAAGGACUGAAGGCUCAUAAAUAUUCUAUUGUGAUUGGAUUUUGGGUCGGUCUUGCAGUCUUCGUGAUUUUCAUGUUUUUUGUGCUGACUUUGCUGACCAAGACAGGAGCACCCCACCAAGACAAUGCAGAGUCUUCUGAGAAGAGAUUCAGAAUGAACAGCUUCGUGUCAGACUUCGGAAGACCGUUGGAGCCAGAUAAGGUAUUUUCCAGACAGGGCAAUGAGGAAUCCAGGUCUCUCUUUCACUGCUACAUCAAUGAAGUAGAAAACCUGGAGAAGGCCAAAGCCUGUCACCAGACCGCAGCCCUCGACAGUGAGGUUCGGCUGCAGGAAGUCAUCAGAAGCAGCGGGCGGCCCGAGGAGGAGCUGAACAGGCUCAUGAAAUUCGACAUCCCCAACUUCGUGAACACGGACCAGAGCUCCUCCUUUGGGGAUGAUGAUCUUCUGAUUUCAGAACCACCUACUGUUCUGGAAAAUAAGCCCGUUUCCCAGACCUCACACGAAGGCCUGGAGUGAGAAACAUGCUCUGUAACAUGUCUUCCUGGAGAGGUUGGGGUGUGUUUGUACAGCAAGAAUUCUCCAGUCACCAAAACUGUGUCUGUGUGUCUGUGUCUGUGAGAGGGAAAGAGAGAGAGAGAGAGAGAGAAACAGACAGAAAGAAAAAGAGAAGAGAGACCCUGAGAAGAGAGCUGAUUAGGCUCUGUUUUUAUGCUGUUAAACACAUUUGGGGCUUUGGGGAAUAAAGUAUUUAUACUGUCUCAUGUUCCUUGUUGAGAAAUUUGGCCACGUACUUGGUGUCCUCACUCUUGAAUGGGAGUUGUCAUCUGUGUUCCACUCUGGCCCUGCCACGGCCAUGCUCUACCUUUAGCAAUGUUUUACUUCUCUGGCUGCUACAUUUUUUCCUGUAAGGUGAGGAGUCUGGAACAGAUGAUCCAUCUGGCUCUAAUAUUUUGUGAAUUUCUGACCUUGCAUCCAGACGAGGCUGGGGUAUACAUAAAGCCAUAUAAACUAGGGCAGGGGAUCCCCAAAUGUCUGUCCCUUUCACUCAACC